UAAUUUUUUUUAGAGCUUUUUGAAACUCCCCUGCUUGUGCACAGCUCUGGCAGUAGCUGCAGGGCUGCUCACAAACGCUCCAAAUGUGAGCUCAGGGAUCACAGAUGCGCUCUGUGCAGGGAAUGUCUUGAGUGCCUGUCCCAAAAACUCCUCCAGAAACUCCUCCAGAACGACAUGGACCGGGCUGAGCGACUUUGUGCAGGCAGGAGGAGAAGCUCCCUGGCCCUGGACAGGAAGAGGAGCAGUGGCUGGAGGACCACGGUGGGGUUUUUGUGCCUGUGCCCUGUGCUGGCUUUGCUGGCGGUUGUGGAAUAUCCAGCUGGAGCUGCAGUUCAGGAAAUUCAGGAAGAUGUCCCAGGCUCAGCUCUGCUGGUCCCGGCUCCCGCGCGGCGCAGGCGCUACACCAUCACCCCGGGCCACCUCAAAUGGGACCACUUCAACCUCACCUACAAGAUCCUGUCCUUCCCCAGGAACCUCCUGAGUGCCAGGGACACGCGCCGGGGGCUGGCGGCCGCGUUCCGCAUGUGGAGCGAGGUGUCCCCGUUCAGCUUCAGGGAGGUCCCACGGCACCUCCCCAGCGACCUCAAAAUCGGUUUCUACUCCAUCAACCACACGGACUGCCUGGAGUCCCUGACCCACCACUGCUUCGACGGCACCACAGGGGAGCUGGCGCACGCCUUCUUCCCACCCCACGGAGAAAUCCACUUCGACGACCACGAGUACUGGAUCCUGGGGAACACCAGGUUCAGCUGGAAGAAAGGGGUCUGGCUGACAGACCUGGUGCACGUGGCAGCGCACGAGAUCGGCCACGCGCUGGGCCUGAUGCACUCGCUGAACCCCGGUGCUCUGAUGCACAUCAACGCCACGCUGACGGGCAGGAAGAGCAUCUCCCAGGACGAGGUGUGGGGCAUCCACAGGCUCUACGGCUGUAAGGACAGGCUGUUGAUGUGCCCGUCGUGGGCAAAGAAAGGUUUCUGUGAGAAGCGCAGGAAGCUGAUGAAGAAGCACUGCCCGUCCACCUGCGACUUCUGCUACGAAUUCCCAUUUCCCACGGUGCCCCCCACACUGCCCCCACCAAGGACCAAAACCAAGACGGUUUCUGAGGGCAGGAACGUCACCUUCCGCUGCGGGCAGAAGAUCAUCCACAAAAAAGGCAAAGUCUACUGGUAUAAAGAUAAGGAACUACUGGAAUAUUCCUAUCCAGGUUAUUUAUCCCUAAAUGAAGACCACAUGAGCAUCAUUGCAAAUGCAAUUAAUGAAGGGACUUACACUUGCAUAGUGAAGAAAAAAGAAAGAAUCCUGACUACUUAUUCCUGGAGAAUCAGACUGAAGCACUGACACAGCCCGGGGAGGAGCCCUGCAGUCCCUGCUCCUGUUUCCAGUUGUUUCUUUGGCAUUUUAGAUUCAAUCUCCAGUAGUGCAACUGAAUUCUCCAGCAGCUGCUUCAGUACCUUGGGCAAGGGAGACUCUGGGACUGCUUACUGGAAUGUCAAACUCGUCCAGAUUUGUUUUAAUGAUAAAGAAUUUAUCAACUAUUUGCUGUACAGAGAAUUAAAAACCUUUUUUCUUUUGUAAGAAAAGUGUGAGAUGGAGCUGCGUGGGGCACUGCUGCAAACCAGGAGCAGACUCUGCCCCAGCCCCUGGGGCAGUGGGAGGGCAGGAAAAGGACAAGUUUAACACUCCUGGAGUGUUUUCCUGCCAUUUUUCACAUCCUGGUGCACUGAAAUAGAAGAAAUUACAAGGCUAAGCCUUAAUACUAUUUUUCUUUCACUUGUCAGGAAGAUGAGGAUCACACAAAGCCUGUGUUGCUCCUCAGUUCAAGGAUCCCCAGAACAGCUCUUCCCCUCGAGUGGCUUCCUGUGGUUUGAGGAUUUCCUCUUAUCCCAAGAGGCAUUUAUUGCUCAGAGCUUGGUCCUUGAGAGGUUUGAGCUGCCCAGUUUGGUCCUUGAAGGGUCUGAGCUGCCCAGUUUGGUUCUUGAGCGCUCUGAGCUGCCCAGUUUGGUCCUUGAAGGGUCUGAGCUGCCCAGUUUGGUUCUUGAGCGCUCUGAGCUGCUCAGAGUUUGGUCCUUUGAGGGUCUGAGCUGCCCAGUUUGGUCCUUGAAGGGUCUGAGCUGCCCAGUUUGGUCCUUGAAGGGUCUGAGCCUCGAGUCCUGUGGGAGAUAAAGUGAUUUUUCUCCCUCAGGCACCCAGGAUGAGGUGAAAGUGCCACAUCCAGCUGGGACAGAUCUCAGGAGAGGCUGGCAAAGCUGGGAAGGAACAAUUCCCUGUCCUGGCCAAACCACGCAGUGGGGUCAUGGUUUAAUCCCUCAGAGCUUCCCUGCUCCCCUGCCUUUCAGUGGGCUCCUGGGGAAGCUUCUGGAAUCAGGAAUGUUUCAGCUGUUUCUCCUUCUGAGGGGAACAGGGAGUUUUGUCUUCUCCACAGGAAAACAGCCAGACUAAGCUGCUUUCCCAGCUCACCACAACUGCAGCACAUCCACAUUCCAGCCCCACGGCCUUUCCCCAGGAAAACUCUCCAGAAUGGACUGAAACUGAUAAAAUGUUUAGGAUUUGAGUUAAUCCCUGACUGGCCUGGUGCCCAGCUGUGGCUGCAGGGAAAUGUGGUGUUUUCCAGAGCUCCCUGUUCCCAGAACAGAGCGACAGCUUCACAAAUCAGGGGCUCCAGAGGAUGAGAUUCCAACAGGAUUCCUCCUCUCCUCUUUCCCCAGAAAGGGCUGGAAUGUGGCCUUGCACAACCACUAAAGCUGAGUUCUUCUCUGGAUAGGAAAAAGGGCAUAUUAAAAAAAAAACCAACAAACUUUCACAGAAAAUAAAGUAUCAAGUCUCCAUAUUAAAUCUUUUUGAUUUAUAAAACAAUAGAGUAAUUUGUUUUGCACCACUGUAAAUACAUUUACAGAACAAAAAAAUCUGGUCAGGGAGUAUCAAACCCAGCCCAGCUCUCUCCAAGGUAACAGACACAAACCUCAGAAUUGUCAUUUUUCUUUUUGUCCCAAAUAUGUUCAGACACAAACAAUUUACUUACUUAAAAUAAAAAAUAAACUCUCUUUACUGUCACCAACAUCCCACUUUGCUGCAUGUGAAGCAAUGAAAUCCUUCACACUAUUAAACAAUUGAAAAUGUAUUUUAAUUCUACAAAUUUACAAGGAAAAAAAAAAACAAAAAUCAAAACAAACUCAACAAAAAAACAACCCCUAAAAAUAAACCAGAAACUGUUCCAGGACUAUUACUUCAAGUUGUCCUUUGUCACAGUUUGUGAUGAUCCUGGGGUUUUCAGGUAACUCCAGUCCUCUAAUGGAAUGCAGCAGUUAAACUCCACAUUGAUUUAUAAAACAAGAGCCUUGGAAUCUGUGAUAAACUUUGAGUUUUUUUCACAGGGAAAAACAUCUGGUGCCCCUGACACGGAGAACAGAACUGGGGCACUUAAAUCCACUCACAUGAAUGGUGCUUUUUUUUCCUUUGGGGUUUUUUCCCCCUCCUUUUUCACGCUGAGUUCAAAACUUGAGGCUGAA